AUUUAAACCUAAUUAGAAUAUUUUGAAUGAUAUUAUUAUAUUAUGUUUUUAUUUCUGCUGUUUAUAAUUGUAGUUGCUAUAAUCUUCGUGAAGGAACGAAGUGCAAACUUCGAGAGUAAUUAUAUUGUGCCUAAAAUGGCAGCAGUAAUACCGGCCGUAACGAAACUCUCAAGUCAAGUUAUAAGAAUUCUAGGAUGCAACCCUGGACCCAUGACACUGCAAGGCACUAACACAUAUCUAAUUGGAACAGGAAGAAAUCGCAUUCUUCUAGACACUGGUGACAAAGAUGUGCAGGAAUACCAGAAACACUUAUCUGAAGUGGUGCAGUCAGAAAAGGUGAACAUAGAACACAUUGUGGUCACUCACUGGCAUCACGAUCACAUUGGAGGAGUGGAAAACAUAUAUGGCAGCAUUGCAGCAAAACCACUAAUAUGGAAACACAAACGCAGCUCUGAUGAUAGUCCAGACAGUGAGCUGCCUACAGAGAUUCCCAUCAACUGGCUAUCAGAUGGACAAGAGAUCAAAGUGGAAGGUGCUACAGUGAAAGUACACCACACUCCUGGCCAUACAACUGACCAUGUUAUAUUGACGUUAUUGGAAGAGAACAUAUUGUUCAGUGGAGACUGCAUACUGGGCGAAGGCACUGCAGUAUUUGAAGACUUAUACACUUAUAUGAAAAGUUUGAAUAAGAUAUUAGAACUUAAGCCAAGGGUGAUAUAUCCAGGACACGGAAAUGUUGUAGAGGAACCAAUACAGAAAAUAGAAUACUAUAUAGCCCAUAGAAAUCAAAGAGAAGAACAGAUAUUGGGAGCUCUAAAGAAUAAUUUAAAUAAGCAAUUAAAUGAAAUGGACUUGGUUAAACUGAUAUAUACAGAGACACCGGAACAUUUGUGGCCAGCAGCUGCCUAUAAUGUCAACCAUCAUUUGACAAAACUCACAAAGGAAAAUAAAAUAAAAUGUAUUACUGUAGAUGGAGAGACUAGGUGGCAAUAUAACGUCAAUAGUAAUUUAUAAAUAUUUCAGGGUCGCAUGUGACACCCCUAGUGUUGCAGGCGUCCAUAGGCUACAGUGACCGUUUACCAUCAGACGGGCUUUAUGCUUGUUUGCCAUUUUUGUGGUAUAAAAAAUACUAAAAUUGUUUAUUAUCGAUAUUUAAAGAAUUAUUAUUUUUUAUUUCAAUUGCUGCGACCAGGGCCAGUUGGUAUAUAACCAGAAAUAUGUAAGGACGCACCUCGCUUAUCCAACUCGAAUUCGCGUUGCAAGUUAUGGGUACUUAUUUCUAUUUUGUAUUUAAAAAAAAAACCUUAUAAAUAUAGCUUUUGUUAAGACGUAACCUACCCAUGUACCAAAUUUUAUUCAAUUCAUGGAGCGGCAAAUUAGCUCCAUCGAACUCUGGUUGCCAUUAAUUGAGAACGCUCAUAUUACCAACAACGAACUUAGGAAGACCUCGUAAGAAAGAAAAUAUUUAGGUAAUGGUAUUUAUAAUUUUGUUAUUCUUGUUAUUUAUUGUUAUCCUUGUUAUUUGUAUUUUGUUAUGACUUAAGUCAAUAAAAUUUUUUGAUUGAUUAUCAGCUUUAUUUAACUGUGAAAUAUUCAGUGAUACGAAUAUUGUAUAGCUGCAAAUAUUUUUUUUAUCAAUCAAAGCUAAGAAUAUAGUAGAAUCAGUUUACUAGCUUGACGUUUAGGGUAUUAAUGAAUCUAUAAACAUAACCUAAAACAGUAGAAGGGAAAUUCAAUAGCUAGAUCUAAAUACACCUUUACAGGCUACACAAAAGCUGCUACAUUGGUAGCAGCUUUUGUGUAGCCUGUAAAGGUGUAUUUAGAUCGUAUUUGAUAUUGACGAAGCCCAAGAGUACUUGGUCAUAGGACAUGUUGUGGGCUUAUUUAUUAAAAUUAUCUAUAUUUAAGUGAUUUAAAUAUUUCCCCUUCUCAACAUGCUUUCUCCUGUAACUAUAUUUUGAAAUUAACACGACAGAAUUGCUCAGUUGCAUACUAGUUGCAAACAAAAAAAAAAUUAUAUCUACUACAGUUUUGCCUGCAGUAAACAGUAUGCAAAUUAUUUUGUAUUAGGAUAUGGCCUCUGAGUGUACCAAAUUUUUUUCUAUUCCAUUCAGCUGUUUAAGCAUGAUUGAGUACAAGCUUCCACAUUAAUUAAUAGGAUUUCAUUUUAAAAAAUUGGUGCCAUUAGUAUGUUAUUAUAUUCAUUAUCACUAUUUUUUCUUUGUUAUGAAUUGUGAACAAAACUCAAUUUGUGUUAAAUAAUUUUAAUUGUAUAUAUUAAAUGUAUCGAAUAUAUUUAUAUACUUACUAUAAAAAUAUGAUUUAUAAAUAAAAACAGUUUUCAUUUGUCA